AUGCGUAGCGAGGAGCCACCCGUCGGUGAUGAGGACGAGGGAACAGUCGCUUCGGGUGAGGGGUUGGUAUUGUGCAUGUUUGAGGUACUGCGUAUUGUAAGCCAGGCUUACAAUCUGGUUAUUGCACAAGCUUGCAAUGCUAGCUGCGAAAAAGACUUUUUGUUCCGCCAGGUGGGCUAUAUGGUGCUCAGCAUUGCCUCCUGCGAUCGUAAGAAUGUCAAUCUCGUUGAUGCUGAGCAACUCAAAUUGCCGUAUACGGCAGUCGAUCGCAUGGAUAAGCUCACGAGGAUGGCGUACGGCAUACUGGAAGGCGAUGGCAGCCAACAGCCACGGGAACUUGUACCGACUCUCCUCAGUGGCUAUCACGAUGGUAGAAAACCCCCUGGAAGUGCUCCCUCUACGACAUCGUACUGGAUGGGAUCUGUCUUUGUUUAUUUGACUGCCACGAAGUUAUCCAAAUUAACGGGAUCAAAUGUCGAUAAGAUCGUCAAAGAGGCCGUAGCCAAGGGUCGAGAAGUCAAACCUGAGUUCCGAAUGAUCGUGUUCUCCAUCUGGGAAUUCAUCCUGGUCGAAGUAACGCCCAAGACGGUCGCUCCUCCACAAUGCUAUACGCUGUGGACAUCACGUCUCGCGAGUCCAGUCGAUGGCAACGGUGAACAGGAAUUCAGAAUGUUCUCGUUCAAACCUCAUCGCAAUUUUGAGAAGCUCGCAUGCUUCUUUCUUCACAAAGACCGGUCCGACGACCUCACAGGGUUUGGGAUAAGCCGGAAGCUUAGGGUCGGUCUCCUGAGCGAAUGGAAUCUUGAAGAGGGCCAGAGUGACUCCCGGAAUCACGGCCUCGGGACGUCAAAACGCAGAAAGACUGAUACAGUCCAACACAUUCCGAUCAUCCUGCCAAUCAAUAAAGAGCGGCCGCCAAGCAUGCUCUCCGUGCUGGUACCGUGGGAGGUUUGUAGAGGUUCCCCGCCAGCGGAAGAAAACGAGAAGAAACGAGCCAAAACGCAACUUUGGAACAAGCACUACUGUGGACGACUGAGGGAAAUGCUCAAAUACGAGCUCAAGUCAAAAAAGUCGAAGGAAUCUCGCAUCAGAGAAAGCCUCGAGACAUUUCUCGUUAAAUACGACAAAUAUGGCGUCACCUUACAUGCGAAGGCUGUUGCCAUGUUGCAUGCCCAUUUACUCUACAUCCCCUAUGGUAUAGGAGGCUCCAAGGACAAUCAGUCCUAUGCUGAGAACGUAGAUACCACGUAUCCGUAUCACAUACUGGAGAUCUCAAUCGGCGCGCAUCUCAUAGUAGCCUCUCGACAUGAGCUGAUGUACUUCAUAGCCCAUUUCCAGCCAGCCUCCGAAGAUACGGCUGAGGGAUGGGAGCGAGCAGAGUUGGAAGCGAGGAGGCUGGCCAAGAAGGAGUAUCUGCGUAAUGCCUACUUGUGCUGGACCAAGAACGAGAAAACGGAUGAACAACGCAUUGCCAUACUCGUUGUGAUUGGAACAAAGUUCAAAGUUCUCUGUGUGGACAAACAGCCGAAGCUCCCAGCGAGGACUGAGAAGCCCCCAGAAAGUGAAGUCAACGAAAGUUGGUAUUACGACCCGUGGAAAUCCUGCUCAAACAUGCAAACUGAUCUCUGUCGUGCCUGGACUGAGCUAACGUUUGGCUAUGUCAAUGGGAGAGAACAGCCCUAUGACCUAAAGGAUGCCAAAGAUGAAGGUGCUAUCAUCAAGGCCAUGGAAUGGGUGGUUGAGCAAGCAGAGUCGUGCGAUCCCACGGGUUGGGAAGGAAUUACGAAGCAAGGCGCCAAUUUCCCUUAUCGAAUAGAAGCCGCAGGAUGA